AUGAGCAGAAACAACCAGACCCAGAUUAUUCAACAUAUAGUACUUUUAGGAUUCCAAAUCCCUCAAAGCUUUAAAAUUCCCUUCUUCCUCUUGUUGUUCAUAUUGUACAGUGUAGCAUUAUCUAGCAAUAUUACAAUUCUUAUUUUGGUAUCGUCAAGCCCUAGCCUUCAUCAUCCAAUGUUCUUUUUUCUCAGUCACCUUUCUUUGUCUGACAUCAUACUGACCACAAGUAUUGUGCCCACUAUGCUGCAUGGUAUACUUAGAGGACAAUUAUCUAUACCAAUCCCUGCUUGCAUCACCCAACUUCAGUUUCUUGGUAUUGCAUUAACCUCAGAAUGUUUGAUACUUGCAAUGAUGUCCUAUGACAGGUAUUUGGCUAUUUGUUACCCAUUUCACUAUUUAUCUGUCAUGAACAGUAAGCUUCAGAUUUGGCUUGCCAUUUGUUGCUGGGUUCUUAGCUUUACAAUUUCCUUUCUAACAGUCAUUUUUGUUAGUAAAUUAGAAUUUUGCGGUUCCAAUUUCAUUAGUCAUUUCUUCUGUGAUUUUGCUCCCCUCUUACAACUUUCCUGUACAGACACAUCUGCCGUGGAGCUAGAAAACCUUGUGGUGGCUGUUCCUACAACUCUGCUUCCAGUCCUAUUCAUAACUGCAACUUACAUUUGCAUAUUCAUUACUAUUCUUAGGAUUCCAUCAAUCAAAGGGAGGCAAAAAGCAUUCUCUACAUGUAGCUCACAUUUGUCUGUAGUAGCUAUUUAUUUUGGGACACUGGUAGCACUUUAUGUAGCUCCUUCCAGUGACCAUUCAUUAAAUGCAAAUAAGGUUCUUUCUCUGCUCUACGCUGUAGUCACACCCUUGUUUAAUCCCAUGAUCUACUGUCUCCGGAACAAGGAAAUUAAGACUGCAUUGAAAAAAUUUCUACAGUUUAUUUUCAAAACGAGAGGAGUGUCUUCAUGUAAAAUAAAUACAAUGGGAAUUGUCGCCUUCAAGUGA